UGGAGCUCUCCGCGCAGUCAGUAGGUGUGGUCGUCUUGAAGAGGUUUAGGUUUAAACAGUUUUAGGUAGGACGGACUGCAGUUUCGCUACAUUUUGCACGGCCAAUUACACUCACAUCGCAGUUUUAUUUUAUGCAAAUAAUUUAACCAAAUAAAAAGAUUGAAUAACGUUUUAAAACACAAGGACCCCAGCUGCAUUCAAGGAAACCCUUUCUUUUAUUGUGUUCAUGGUCAGUCUUCAGUGUGACUUCCUAUGGGAGGGUCUGGUCUGGUCUCUGGGCUAACCUUCAUUUCUCUUCGCUUAAACUCUCACGAGAAAGUGAAAGUGAAGACCGAGGAGGAGAGAAACUCGCGGGAAAAGCUUGACUUCACGUGCACUUUGUGCCGAAUCUACUGGAUCCACUCUUAAAGCAACAACGAACAGGAUAAGUGUAAACCUGUGCAAGCAAUUUUACAAAGUUCAGAAAAAAAUCAAUAAUAAUUUGUGCAAUUGAGCAUCAAACGCAAUCUGGGAAUGAAAGACUUCUUCCACAUUUGACAAAACGUUAAUUAUAAACGAGUGCAUGUGAAGUAAGCACGACUUUCCGGUGACAGACUGAACCAGACGGGUCUGUCUUUCAGGACUGUGGAAAAAGACUUGUGUGUUCAGCAUGUCUACAGUAGGAGUGGAUGUGAUCGAAGCAGCAGCUCUGGGGAGGUCCUUCCGGCCGGGGAUGCUGUACGACUGCAGGAAAGAUGCUCUCGUUCCAGGAAUCGCACUGUGGGGUCCGGAAAAGCUCCAGCAGAGUUUACAAACCCGUCCCCAAAACAACACCGACAUCAAAGUCACCGCUUCAGACUCCAUCGAGGACAAAUCAGCCGUACUGAACAUAGACGGCUCUCUGAAACUGAGUCUUUUAGGUGGACUGGUCAAAGUCACAGGAGCAGCCAAAUAUCUCAACGACACCAAGAAGUCUUUCAGACAGAAGAGACUGACACUACAUUAUCACUCAGCCUGCAGGUUUGAAGAACUGAGCAUCAAUCGCUUGGCGCCUGAAGAUAUCACGGUUGACGACGACGCAGCGACGCACGUGGUGACGGCAGUGCUGUACGGAGCUGACGCCUGCUUCGUGUUUGAUAGAGAGGUUUCACCAGACGAGGACCAAAAUGCAGUAGAAGGAGAAGCAAAACUGGCCCUCGAGAAACUCAGAUUCAUUUCGGCGGACGGGAACGCCAGUCCGAAGACGCAGUGGCGCUCAGAAGCACCCAGUCCAGAAGUCACGUGCACGUUUUACGGCGACGUCCAGUUACCGUCAAACCCGGCUUCUUUUGAAGAAGCCCUGAAGGUUUUCGCUGAUCUUCCAACACUGCUUGGAGAAAAGAAAGCGCUCGCCGUUCCCGUGAGAGUCUGGCUUCAUCCUCUGAACAAACUUCGCUCGAGAGCUUUCGCGGACGUCGGCGUGGAUCUGAUCGCGGCCGUAGAGUCAGCCAUUGAGAGUCUAAACACAGCUGAGAUGAGAUGCGGUGAUCUUCUGAAAGACUCUCCCGCUCUGACCUUUACUGCGUUUCGAGACAAAAUUAUUCAGAUGCAGGAAAACUGCGCUUCGUACAAAACGAGGCUCGCGAAGAGACUCGGCUCUCUGCUGCCGAGCAUCCGUGGAGGCUUGUUGAAGGAAACGGCGUUAAACGAUCUUCUACAAGAACACCGGGAAUCUCCCUUCAGGAGAUCCGAGCUUGCAGAAUGGCUGAAAGAGAGAGAGAGAGAGUCUGAGAUCGUUAAAUCGGUCCUCCGACAGCUGCAGGACGCCGGCGCGCGAGCAGACGUCGACGUGGAUGUGAUGUUAAUGGAUCUGGAAGUCGAAAAUGUGGUCUGUUUCGUGUUCACAUCGCUGGGCCGGACAGAUGCGCUGCUGCUCCAACAAAAGGCCUGCUUGAGUCCUUCAGAAAAAGAUAGAAACAACGAUAACCGCUCUGGCGCAAAGCGAACGUCUUGGCUCAGUCCCGAGAUCCGAAAGGCCAUGAGGAGGAACUUGAAGACGUUUAAGAGCUUGAUCGAUUCAGAAGACCGCAAGCCAGCCAGGUUUAUCGUGUCCUCGAGUGAAAUGGAGAAUAAUCCUGGUUCCUGCGUUCUGCUGUAUGAAAGUGAAUGUGAUGAAGCCGUCUGCUUUACACCUCCAUCCAAACCAUCCUGUCCGGUCACCGAAGAGGUCAAAGAAAACAGCGUGUCUCUGAAGGUUCCUCCGGCGUGCUCCUCAACAGAGGAGCUCAGAUUACUGUGUAAAGCGAAGCAGGACUCGGUCUGGAAAUCUAAAGCCGUGAUGAAGGAUGAAAACACGGUUACUCUGACUGAUCUGAGAGCAGGAACCGAGUACGAGAUGGUGUGUGCGGCGGUGGGGAAACUCAACUACACCGUGUACAGUGACGCCACUGAAGUUACCACGGAGGGAAGGAGCAGUACGAGUACCGAAGAAACCUCUACAGGACGAGUUGAAGCGACCGGAAGGAGCCAGAAUUUGAACGCACUGACGAAUCCGGAUGUUUACAGCAUCAAGCUCAAGCCGCCCGUGAUCAACCCAAAGAGCAGCAAACAGAGCCAAUCAUCAGCAUCAGUGUCCUCAUCGAAGGCGUUCAGACUGAGGCUGAAGGAGGAGUAUCAGUAUCUGAACGGAAGACAAAACCUCAACGAUGUCUUCGUCGAGCAACUCAUCACAGAAGACCCCGACUCUCACAUCAGCGACGGCAGACGCAUCCCGCGCCAAAACGUGCUCGAAGGCCAGCAUAUCAGGAGCGUCUUGCUGAAGGGAGACGCCGGCGUCGGGAAAACCACGGCCGUGCAGAAGUUCGUCCUGGACUGGGCUGAAGAGAAGUCAAACGCAGACAUCGCCUACAUCUUUCCAAUACCUUUUCAGACGCUCAACGUGAUCAGAGAGACGACGAAGACGUGUAGCUUCGCCGGGAUCCUGCGGCGGUGCUUCGGAAAGGACGAACGCCUGAAAGUCUACGGCUCCGAGCGGAUCGUGCUGAUCUUCGACGGGCUGAAUGAGUUCAAACCUCCUCUGGAUUUCAAAAGCGCGAAGACGAUUACGGAUAAAAACCAGCCGGCCUCUGUCUCUUGCCUUCUGGCGAACGUCAUCGCGGGAAAUCUGUUUCCGAACGCUCAGAUCUGGAUCACCAGCAGACCGGCAGCGGUCAAGCAGAUUCCCGAUGCAUUUAUUGAUCGCGUGACGGAGAUCCACGGCUUUACCGAUCUACAGAAGAAGGAGUAUUUCGGGAAGAGCAUUAGGGAUCAGGCGACGGCCGGUAAAGUCAUCGGUCACAUCCAAAAAUCCCGCCGCAUCGAGAGCAUGUGUCAUCUCCCGGAUUACUGCAGAAUCGUCGCGGCGAUUCCAGAGAAGAUGUUCAGAUCAUGCCGUGACGAUUUCCCCAAGACCCUCACCCAGAUGUACGCCAGACUCCUGCUGGAUCAGACCGAACUCAUUCUAGAGAGGAAAGAGAGCAUCGUCGCUCUGGGCAGGAUAGCGCUUCACCUGCUGGCGAACGGAAACGCUCUGUUCUGUCGCGAGCACUUGGAGAGAUGUGGCUUCGGAGACGAAGGCGUUCUGGCGCGCGCGUCGAUCGUGAAGGAGGUCGGGGAUGAAAGCGGCCGUAAAUUGCUGCGUUUCGCGGAUCGCAGAGCGCAGGAGUUUCUGGCGGCUUUAUACGCCACCGAAAUCAUUAACGUGGACAACGAUCUUCAGCUCAGAGAUCUGUCCGCGCUGAGACUCGGAAAGUACUCCUUUACAGACACUGGAUCGCUCUUCGCGGUGAUAGAAAGCACUUUAGAAAGACAAAUAGAUCUUUUCUUCUUCUUUUUAAUGGGUUUGUCGCUGGAGUCCAGUCAGACAGCUUUAAAAGGCCUCCUGACACCGAGAAAAAGAUGCUCUUCGAUCAGUCAAAGCCCGGUUAACGUCAUCAAGCAGCUGAUUAAUUCCAAUCUGGGAGAUACAGACCGAUGCCGUUUCCUGUUUGAUGCUUUGAAAGAGCUGGAUGAGCGAUACUUAAUCCAGGAAAUAAAAACACAGCUGAAAUCUGGACUCAAACCCUCUCCUGCUGAGAUUUCAGCUCUGGUCAAUAUAGAAAAGUGACUCUAUAUAUAUAUAUAUAUAUAUAUAUAUAUAU